AUGAUUCCGUACUCGAGCGAGGACCGAUGCGAUUCGGCGAGCGGGUUCAACGCGUACUACGGUGCAGCAUUUCAGGAGAACAUCACCGUCGACGGCAAUCAAAAUCUACAGACACUCGCGCUCGGCGAGGCGGUCGCCAUCGAUGGAUUCUUGGAAGUCGUCAAUAAUCCUUUCCUCGUGACGCUCAACGUCAGUAACCUCAAACACGUCGGCAUGCACGUCAAUCUGACGAACAACGCCGACACGCUUCUUCGGGUGCACGCGCAGUGCUCGGAUGCCUCGGACGUUGAUUUCGUUCGCGACUUGGUCGUAAACGAAGCGCGUCGAUCGAGCUCGUCGAUGACGUACGGCGCCUUUACGUGUUACUCGCGCCGUUGUCGAUGCACGAGUUACGAAGGAUAUCCCUGCCAAAUCCCAACUUCGAUUGGCGAGACGUAUAGCUACUGUGCGUCUCAUAACUGCAUGCAGUCAGUUUCCGUACCGCGUCUCGAACCGUAUACGAGCACGGACGUGUGCACGCACUCCAUCAUGGACGAGACGACGGGCGUCUUCAACGGCACCUUGGUCGUCGACGCGCCGUCGCAACGAGUGCCGUCGCAACGAGUCAGUGACACGUAUAAUCUGUAUCUAGGUGACAAUUUCGACGCGCUCUCGCGAGUCGAGGGGGACUUGGUGCUCUCUCGAGCGGCGUUCGACAUGUACCGGUACUCCCGAUAUGGAUACAGUCGAAAACCAUUCUCCAAACUGGCCUCGAUAACGGGUGGUUUACGAAUCACAAAUCUCAACGAAGAAGUAAAUUUCUGGUACGCGAACAGCGGUGUCAGCAAUCCAAUCUCAUCGUUCAAUUUUACGUCGUUGACGAACAUCGGCGGCGAUUUGGACGUGCGCGACAACGUCGGUCAGAUGACGCGACUGAAUUUGGAAUCGCUCACCUCUGUGGGUGACAACGUUCAAAUCUCCAACAAUCCAGCGAUCCGUCAAGUUACGUUUUCGUCGCUUCAGAUCGUGAACGGCACUCUUGUCAUUCGCAAUCUCGCGACGGAGGCGCGCGUCCACGCGCCAUGCGCCUUGGUAUCGACGGGAUUGAUUGACGCCGUCGUUCAAUCUACGGCGAGUCGCGCGGCGUCUGAGAUUUCCGUUGCAUCAACCUUGUACUGCGUGAAGACGCGGUGCACGUGUCCGCUUUCAAACAAUUACUGUUAUCCGUACGAGCUCGUCGCGUACUCCGCUGCCUACGUGUGCGAAGACGUCUACGAUUCCGGAACUGGACGCAUCGACGCCGACGUCGUCGUCGACGGCAACGCAGACCUGUGGUCCUUCUACUUUGAUUCCGUCAAGACGAUCAGUGGCGAACUUCGGCUGACGAGCAAUCCGCAACUCUCGGAGAUUCGAUUGCAAGCGCUCACGACCGUCGGAAAGUCGCUCUACGUGAAGGAUAACGGUGCAAGUCAAUGGAACGGCGUAACCGCGUACGUGUCGCAGUGCGUAUCCAACGCUCCGAUCUCAUACGCCGUGAACGCGUCGUUCCGCUCGACGUCAGCCUUUGAAGCGUCGAGACUGUUUCAUCGGAGCAGUUAUCUUUCCGAUGAGCAGUGUUUCGCGCCACCCGCGCCACCGUCACCGCCCGCGCCGCCGUCACCGCCGCCGCCGCCACCACCCGCACGAGUGGUGAUAGAGGCGUCGGUGAGUCUCAUCGGCUACGACGCGAGCACGUUUGGACAAGCGCAACGCGUCGCCUUCAUCGCGAUUGUCGCCGCGGAAUUGAGCCUCGAUCCGGGCGCGAUUGCCAUUACGAGCGUGACGAAUUACGCGCCGGCUGGGCGUCGCCGCCGACGCCGCUUGCAACAAGCGCUCUCCGGCGUGACGGUGGCCUUCAAGAUUGAAGUGAUAGAUUACGCGUCGGCCACGAGCGCGGUGGGACCGUCGCUCGAUGCGCUCAUGACGGCGCCCGCGGAGGGGGGUUCGUCGGCGACGCCACCGCUCUUGGCGCUUCUGCAGAGCGACGCACGCUUGUCAUCCGUCGCGAGCGUGACUUCGUACACGCCGGCGACGUACACGUGUACCAACGCCGCCGGAACUUUCGCCGUGGGGGUGGCGACGAAGGACAACGGCGCCGACGUCGGUGGAUGCGCGCAAACUCCGUGCACGUUGUACCCGAACCGUUGUCUCGCCAACGGCGCCGGAUGCACCGAGGGGAGUUGGCUCACCGGGUGCGUCGCGUGCAAGAUUGAUUAUUAUCGAAGCGGCGGGAACUGCAAACGGUGCGGUGACAACACCGCGGCGAGCGCCGCCGCGGUCGCCGUUGUCACCGUCCUCGCUGGUCUCGUUGGCUACCGCGCGGCACAAAUCCUCGACAACACAUCCACCGCUCUCAUCAAGGGUAUAGUGUCUUCGAUGCAGUACAUCAGCAUCAACGUCGAUGUGAACAUCAAGUGGCCGGACGAAAUCAUCGCCAUAGGUCGGUGGUUUUCCUCCGUCAAUCUCAACAUUGACAUCAUCGCCCCCGAGUGCGUGUCGGGAAACUUCAACUGGUACUACAUCUUUUGGACGGGCGCGGUGAUCGUCCCGGCGAUGCUGGCACUGAUUUUGGCGUUGCGUCAACUGUACCUGAGGCGCGCGUACGUGCGUACGGUGAUUUCCAUCGACGGCGACGACACUGGAUACUUUGUUCGAGCUCACACUUUUUUCUCGCGUCGCGAAGUGAAACGGUUCCAUUCUCCGGACGGCUCUCUCGUCAUCGCAGAGCUCCAGCGACAGUACCAGAAGCGCGUGGCCGUGCGUACUUUUGCCGUUCUCGCUCUCACGGUGAUGUACCUUCCAGUCGUGCGCUUGUGUGUGCAGUCGUACGAGUGCAUUUACCACGGAACGGGAUACGUGCUCGAACACGACACCGAUUUACCGUGCGAUGCGCCGUUUCAUCGCUUCACGCAAGCCGUGGCGUCGCUCAUUCUACUCGUCGUCGGUCUCGGCGUACCCUUCAUAGUGCUCGCGCGCGUUCGGUCGCUCCGACUACGAGGCGGGCUCGACGGCGCGCGAGAGCUCACGUCGUGGGGCGCGCUCUACGACAUUUACCGUCGUCCUCUCGACGACGACGAUCUCGAGGACGAAGAGAAGAGAACUCACGCGACGGCGACGACGGAGGAGAAAGGAGGCGGCGACUCGUCAUCUACUGGCGCAUCAAAGGCGACGCCUUCAACGAUUGAACGCGCGGAUAGUGUGGCGCACAAGCGACCGCCGACGAGGUUUGAGCGCGUCGGCGCGCUUCUCGCCGUGCACUACCUCACGGUAGAGCUCAUACAAAAGUUCGUCGUCGUCGUGUGCACGUCGCCGCGCGCGGCUGACGUCGCCGCGGGCCUACUCGUCGUCGUCUACGCCGCUUUCGCUGCGUUUGUGUACUGGACCCAACCGUGGCGCGACAUCUCUCUGAGAAUCUUCGGUCGCGUCUUAACGAACGCGCUGAAUCGCGUCGAAGUGUUCGCCCUGCUGAUGCAGAGCGUCCUCGUGAUCAUUCCGUGGGUGAUGAACGGCGCGGCGUCCGCGGUCGCGUCGUCGCUCUUGACGACGAUGAUCGUCUUUUUGCUCAUCCUUCGCACCGCGAUGUUCAUAUCUGAGCGUCUGUCCGUUUUACGCGAGCGCAAGGUUGGUGGUGUCGACGGCGAAAAUUCCGAGGUUACGCGCCGGCGAACGUCCGAACGCAUGCUGGAGCUGGCGAUGAAGGGUGACGAGACGCGUUUGCACGCGCUCAAGGCAAAGGUUGUGAAAGCGAGAAAUCGCCUCAAGGCGCGAUACGAGUCCACGCGCGACGCCAUCAUGCUGCGCGCCGCUUCUGGACAAGGAAAUCGCGCGAUGCUCGAGCUCGCGCGAGGGAUAAUGGAGAGCGCGAAUCGAAUCAACCCCAAGGACGCGCCGAGUGGCACCGCGGGGGCCAACAUACGCGCCGCGCUCAAACUCGUGGAUGGCGCGAGCGCUGAAAUGGACGCCGUCUCCAACCCCGAGGAAGCGAAGAAUGCAUCUUCGUCGUCGCUCGAGCUCACGAGAAUGAUAUCGGCGCAUCAGCGCGCGAUACACGAGCUCGUCAAGCUCGCACGAGAGUACGCCGACGCCGAGCGAGUUCAGGAGCUCAUUCGCGUCGCGAAUGAGAUUAACAAUCUCAAGCGCGCCGUGCAGACGCUUCCGAAUCGACUCGGCGAGCGCGAGGCGGAGGAUUUGAUGUCAACGCUCGGCGGCGAUGCGUGCCUCGGCUCGAUGCACCGCGCCGUCGCGGAAGGCGACGUCGAGGCUUUCGCCGAAGCCGUCGCGCGCGCCGCCGCGGCGACUCUGAGUUUUGUACACUGGUGCGAGAGCGAGAGCGAGAAACUCGCCGUGAGCGUGGACGACGAGUCGCUCGCCGAGGUGGAGUCAACCAUACUUCGCGUCGCUCAAAGUGCCCUCGUUGGGCGCUCGACGGCGACGAUGCAUCGCGUGCGAGCGUUCACUCAACCGUGGCGGGCGGUUGCGAUCGCUUUGUCGAAGAACAAGUGGGACGCCGCCGUCGCGGACGUCCGGCGACACAACGAGGAAAUGGCGCGCGCGACGCUGAGGAAUGACUUCGACGCGACGGAGCGAUCUUUCACCGCAGCGCACGACGCCGUGGAAACUUUCAUCGCUUGGUGCGGCAAAGCGAAGCAAACCGUCGCGUCGAGCUUGACCGCGAAGGAUUCGGCGACGACGCGCGAUUCGGACGUGGUCGACGUCCUCGCGCUCGCGCUCACUGAAAUCGAACGAUGCGAAAGCACCGCGAGAGAUCCGUCGAUUGGUAUACUCAAAGCUGCGGCCAACGUGAAGUCGAAAAAAGGGCGUCCCCGUCAACUCGGUGCGGAUGUGCUGCACGCCUAG